AACUUAAUCCGGGACAGUCACGGCCGCCUCCGCACCCUGCGAGCUUCCCAUCCCUCUCGGGGUCAAGGCCAGACCCGGAUUCCCAGCCCAGACCGCCGGCGGGCUCCCCCGUGGGAGCCUCUAGCUUUGGGUGGGCAAGCUCAGCUCACAGGUUUGCUCUUGACCUCCCGAUUCAGCCGCCUGCUCGACAUCUCCAGCCGUCACACCGGGUCCUUCCUCCGGGUCUGGGCCCCCUGCAGCCUUUCAGCAACGGGCAAGCCUGUCUUUCCAGCUGAGUGGCUCACAGCCCUCAAAAGCUUUGGCACCCCUGUUUCCUCCCCCUGCUUGGGUUUCGUUUGCCAGAAACCUGGAAUGGUCCCCCCACCGCCAGGAGAGGAAAGCCAGAUUAUCCUCCUUCCGCCUGGCUGGCAGAGUUACUUGUCUCCUCAGGGUCGGCGUUACUAUGUCAACACGACCACCAAUGAGACCACCUGGGAACGCCCCAGCAGUUCUUCUGGGAUUCCAGCCAGCCCUGGCCCUCACAGGAGCUCUCUGCCUCCGACAGUGAAUGGAUACCACGCGGCAGGGACCCCAGCGCACCCUCCCGAGACUGCCCACAUGAGUGUCCGAAAAUCCACCGGUGAUUCCCAGAACCUGGGAUCCUCGUCACCAGGCAAAAAACAGAGCAAGGAGAACACCAUCACGAUAAACUGUGUGACGUUUCCUCAUCCGGACACGAUGCCAGAGCAGCAACUGCUGAAACCUACAGAGUGGAGCUAUUGUGACUACUUCUGGGCUGAUAAGAAGGACCCCCAAGGCAACGGCACCAUGGCUGGGUUUGAACUGCUCCUUCAGAAACAACUAAAGGGCAAACAGAUGCAGAAGGAAAUGUCAGAAUUCAUCCGGGAGAGGAUAAAGAUUGAAGAGGAGUAUGCGAAGAACUUAGCUAAGCUCUCUCAGAACUCCUUGGCUGCACAGGAGGAAGGCUCCCUGGGAGAAGCGUGGGCCCAGGUGAAGAAGAGCCUCGCGGACGAGGCGGAAGUUCACCUCAAGUUCUCCGCCAAGCUUCACAGCGAGGUCGAGAAGCCCCUGAUGAACUUCCGGGAGAACUUUAAGAAGGACAUGAAAAAGUGUGAACACCACAUUACCGACCUCCGUAAGCAGCUUGCCAGCCGUCACGCCGCAGUGGAGAAGGCCCGGAAGGCCCUCACGGAGAGGCAGAGAGACCUGGAGAUAAAGACCCAGCAGCUGGAGAUCAAGCUGAGCAACAAGACAGAGGAGGAUAUCAAGAAGGCGAGGAGGAAGUCCACGCAGGCUGGAGAUGACCUCAUGCGCUGCGUGGAUCUCUACAACCAGGCCCAGUCCAAGUGGUUUGAAGAGAUGGUGACCACCACACUGGAGCUAGAGCGGCUGGAGGCGGAGAGGGUAGAGAUGAUUCGACAACAUCUAUGCCAGUAUACACAGCUGCGGCACGAGACAGACAUGUUCAACCAAAGCACAGUCGAGCCUGUGGACCAACUGCUUCGGAAAGUGGACCCAGCCAAAGACAGGGAGCUGUGGGUCAGAGAGCACAAGACAGGCAACAUCCGCCCCGUGGACAUGGAGAUUUAGACGGGCAUGCACGGCCCCGGGGGUCCUGCCAAGGAGAGGGGCCGGGGGGUCCCAUGGAGAGCAGGUGGCCAGGGGGCCGCUGCUGAGUGCAGCUGUCCUCCCGCCCACUGUCCGGGUCUGCUGAGCUGGUGAUUCCAGAAAGGCAGCCCCGCUGGGAGCUGCCCGUGUCCCCAGGCCAAGAAGACCGAUCCACAGCCCUGCCCUUGUCUCCGAGGCUGAAGCCCCCCGAUUCCUGUCCUGUGCUUGCUGCUCCGAGAACAGACUGAGGCUGGAACUGUAUGGUCCCUGCUGCACCCUGUAGGGGUCACAUCCCCACCCAGAGCUGGCUGCGUCGCACGCUUGUGUCCCCGGAAGCCCCAAGGUCCUGCCUCCAGCUGUGUGGCGGGCUUUGGAGGGUCAUGGGAGAAAGGUCCCUGUCUCCAACCCAGGACGAGGGUCGGAAUCGUGGAUAGAAGGCACCGUUCAGCUCAACAGCCCGCACCCAGAACCUCUUGCGGCCCACCCUCUUAGUUUUUUUUUUCCCCCCGUUGCAUUCUGGGAACCCACAUCCUGGCUCUUCCUUUGCCACUUUUCAUCGUCUGGGGUCUUGGGAAUAAGGCCUGGUUCCUCUCUACCCAGACUGACCCUGCCUGGAGAGGUCAGGACGGAACUACCUCAUUCAGCACAUCGGCCCCAAGUCAGAGUGUUGAGUCGUGUUUUUAUAUUCGGUCAGGCAUCUCCUGUCAGGUCUCUGGGCUGGAAACCUUCCUCCAACCCAGCCCUCGGCUGUUUCCUCAAGGAAGCUCCCGCCCCCACCCCCCCCCCCCCGGGCUCUUACUGGGGCUGGGUCGGUCCCCUGUGGGAGAUGGGUUGGGAUGGGUCUUUGCCACCCCCAGAGGGCUCCCCCUGCUUGUGCGUGGGGGGUGGGGGGGUGACUCUCCAGCCCCCCCCCCCCCCGCCAACCCCCAUGAGGCUUUCGCUCCCUCGUGGACACUGUGCGGACAUGGCAGACGGUCCUGGCUUCCAGGCAGUGUCCUGUCACCUUGACCUCCGCUUCUGCACAUUCCAGAGCCCUGCUUGGUGCUGGUGCCCCCUUCCCCUUUCGCCACCCCCCCCACCGAAUUCCUGGGAAAGCCAGGUUAGUGUGUGACUUGGGAAGCUUUCAGCCCGUCCCGUUGGGUCCUCAUUCAUCAGUCUCUCCCUUUAUAGAAACACGGCAAACAACCUUGUGCAGCAUCUAACCCUGAGAAUUGGCUCCAGGGGACCCGUAGAAGUGCCCCCUGAAGGUGGGCGUGGUCACACGGCCAGCAGGGGGCAGAGUCUAGCCCAGAACCCGAGCCCAUCUUUCUUAGUUCGUUUUUCCCUUCGAUUACUUUGGACGUGCAGGGUCCAUACCCCGCCCCCCCCCCGCCCCCAACACACACAAGGUCACGAUUCUAAGAGCACAACUCGCUGGUCCCUGGGUCUCACGUGCCGGGAGUUGAUGACUUCGAGUCUUUCGGCCCCUCUUUCACUGAUUCAGAAUUACCGCCUCACAGCUUCUAGUAGAAAGAUGCUGAGUAUUCUAGAGCAAGCCAGACGUUGUCGCUUUUCUUCUUGAACUGUCCCCGACCCAGAAAGGCCAGCGUGAAAGCCUUCCCCAGCACGAGAGUGUGAGAAUGGGUGUGUCCCUGCCACGGAGGACCACAGCUUCCAGAUCUGGGGUUGGUGCCCAUGACACCAGCGACCAAUUUUAGGAUGUUAUUUCUGGGUUUCUCUAUUCAAAAUGGGUGCUAGCAGUCAUCGCUUUGUGGCUUAGUAAACUAAUUUGUGGGUGAUUUUCAAAUGUUCAAAGCCAGUAAGUAGCCUUGUUACUAACACAGAUAUUUUGAGUGCGAUACGGCUCGUUGAUUUUGUUUUCUCCUUCCCGUGUGAGGAUUCUUGAGUCUUCCUUUGCUCCCUGGGACAGGGGGAGCUCUCUUGCCUUUUCCAGGGGAGCCUGGAUUGGGCCCUGUGUGGGCCGGUCUAUUUUCCGGAAUCAUUCUUCCCGCCCCCCCUCCCCCACGUUAGUACACACUUCUUUUCUUUGCUUUUCGUUGUUCUCUCCUCCUCUGUUCGUUGAGAAUUUAGAGAAGGCUGGGCAGUGCACUGAGAUCUGGGGACAAGACCGGGCACGGGAUCUCUUCGUUUGUGUAGACUUAGACUUUUUUCACCGGGGCUCUUGCAAUUCGGCGACCUUGGCAUUCACACCCAAGUACUCUCUGCAGCAUUGAGGUUUCCUGUGAUCCUGUUAUGCUGGUAGAUCCGCGUUCAUUCAUUUACUCGCUCACUCAUUCACUUAUCGAGCGAUACUGGGCAUGAGCCAGGAGGGGUGCUGGAAACGUAGCCGCAUGUGAGACCGGCACUCUCUCCCCAUCCCCUUUGUUCUCCACGCAGACAAGGGGCUCUUGAGAGGUCUUUCUGGACAGUGAGAGCAUUGCAUCUGUCCCACAUUCGACCCACCUGGAGCCUGUAAUGAGAACACAAACCACCGCCAGUGUGGGGUCCACCAUUGGAUGGCAGGUGGACAGGUGGACAGUCACAAGAGUGUAAUCACCUGGUCACCAGAGCUUGCAGCCCGUAUCCGACUGGGAUCUCAGAGAUCUCUCUUGUUUCUUGUAAAUAACUCUCCUCUCCUCACAAAGAGGAAUAACGAAGCCCAAGGCCGGCCAGCGAGCCCAGUGAUUGAAGAGCGCGGUCUGUUCACGGGGCUCCUGCCCUGGGGGGGGGAACUGAGCUUAGGGUGAAGUCUAGAAUGUCCCAAAGCGAGCUUUGGGAGUAGCGUUCUGUCUCGUUGUUGCUGUUCUCUUUUGUUCUUGCGUUCAGGUUAGAAGAGGGUGUGGCCGGGCGUAUUCAGGAGUGUGUCUGGAAUGUUCCUGAGCACCUCCAUUGUUCUCUUUCUCGGAACAGGUGGGUCCUUCUCCCUGCCCCCCGGGAAACAUGGACGCACCUCGUUUGGUCAGUGAAAGCCAGAUCGUUGAGAAAAGAAAUGUAAGACAAACGGUGUGCAGAGUAAGUCGGUUUCCAUGACAGUGUCUGGGAGAAAUCUCUUGUUCCUUCCUUUUUUUUUUUUUUUUUUCCCUGUCGCCUUCAAUCACUAUUGCAAAGCACCGGCCAGCAGAGCCAUAGGGUAGCUGCGAUCAAGACCACCUUGGGUCUCCUUUCUACCCUCCACCCCCCUCCUGUCGAGCCAGGAGCAUUUCUGCAGUAGGAGGCCCCCCUCAUCGGGGCUGGUUAGCGACUGAAGCAGACGGGAACGCUGUGCAUGUGCACAAACCAGGGCUUUCUAAUCCCUUUGUGAGAACCAAUCGAUUACUGGAUGAGCGGAUGGGUGCAUGAACAUCUCGAGCUGAGCCAAACUCCCUUCUUGGAAACACAAGCCAUAAACUUCAAAGGACAGCAAAGACUUUGGCUCGUUUUAAGUGAUUUCGCUUCCAGCCGUGCGUGGCCUUGACAGGGAGAUCUUAAACAGGAUCCUGUGCUGGUGGUCGUGUAGACAGAGAAAGCACUUUAAAAAUGUGAAGUGAGGUACAGAUCUGCAUAUUCCCCCCCCCAACCCCCUCGCUCCUCCAAGACCUGCUGCCUUUUCUUUUCUUCAGGUUUAUCAAGAGGUAUUUGACGUAACAGUAUCGGGGCUCAUUGAUGUGCAGUGAGAGUCCCCCCGGCCCGUGAGUUUUGACAAAUGCACCACCAAAAUCAACAUAAUAUUCCCAUCACUCCUGAAAAUUCCCUGCGGCUCCCUUACGGUCGAUCCACUCCUGUCCCCCUUCCCCCCACUCCCACUGAUGGGUUUUCUGAUGCUAUGGUGUUUGCCUUGUCUAGAAUGUCGGGGAAACGGAGUUGCCGAUGGGGCCCUCGCGCCUUCUUCCUCUCGGCUUAAUGCUUUGGGUCACCCACGUGCGUGUGUCACCAGCGUGUCCCCUCGUCUCGCAGAGUAGCGCUCCGUUGCACGGGUGGGUGACCCACGGCCGCUUCCCUGCUUUUUAAAGUGAGUUGUUCGCGCCCGUGAGUGGUUCCCGGCCCGGGGUCUCCAGCUUGUUUGCACGGCUGCUUCCUGUGUCUCCCGAGGCUCCUUCUCCAGAUGCCAGCUGUGCCCACAGUGGUUCUUUGUGGUCCAUUUGAGGCUUUUGUGCAGAAAGGGGCCAGGGAAGAGGGGGGAAGGGGGCCUCCCACUUGUGUUGCACUGUUGGCUGGCAAAUCCACGCACUCCCGGGGACCCUGGCUUCAACCCCCCGCCGUGGCCCCGGGCAGGCACUGAGCAUUAGGGGGUGUGGAAAGCGAACGGACAAAGCGGGGGGUGAGAACUCGGGGCUGGCUCGUCAGCGGCCUUCCCCUGGAUCUGUGUCGCUUCGUUGGCGGGCCGCAGGUGUCCGUUCUGGUCUCCCCAGGCUCCUCCAGCUACUUCGCACGCUGUCCCCUUCUUGUUUCCAGUCCCUCACCUGACACCCGGUCGUGCCUGGCCUGGGCCCCAUGGGCGCCGUCGUGCACGCUGGGGUCUGGAACCUGCCCGAGAGGGGUACCCUGGCACUUCUCUGUGUAGACGCAAAGCAGAGCUAAAAUUAAAGAGUUUCCUGAGCUGGUGAGAAUGAGGCAGUUCCUCCCGGGCCCCUGAAGGAAGCAGAAGUCAUUACCUUUUGGGUCUCGUCCGCCGAUCUUUGAUCGCGUGUGCUGAGGUCUUCGGGCGUGAAGAACGCGUCUCUUCCCGUGAGGUUCCUGUCACUGCCGGAGCCUCGUUCAGCUGGCGGUCACAUUGAGCCAGGCGUGUGCCUGCGGCCCGCCAGGUGGUGGCCAGUGGUGACGGAGAUAGGACCAAACCCCACUAACGCCGGGCAGGCUGUGGGCGUGACCCCCAAGGUAAUGACUCCACCGACCAUGUCUUGCUUAGGUCCUGCUCAGUGGAAGGUGAGCCCUUGAAGGCAACCAGGCACCCCCCCCCCCCCCGCCCCCAGCAAACAGAAGACAUUCCUGGGUCCAGGCCAGGUGAGGGUGUUGGCCGUGGAGCCCAAGUCUGCAGGGUCCCAUGCUUCGUGGGCGCCUCUGGGUCGAGAUGUGCCAGGAAGGACUCCCAACAGCCCCCCCCCCCACCCCCGCGGGAGAAUUUUUUUUUGUGGACGGUGAAGGACCCAAUCCUGUUGCAACAGGCUUGGGUGGGAAUAAGACCGGUGACGACAACCGAUGGUUCGUUUUCCUUGACCCUUUAGAUGCUGGCGCGUGGCCCUGUCUGGAGCCUUUCUGUUGGGAGGGUCCUCUCACGGAGACGGGUGGCGGUGCCCCUCAGAUCUCUCUGUGUGCCGUUCCGGGGACGUUGACUCUUGGUGUUUGAGAGACGUUUCUAGUAGGAUUGCAGUGGUGGAAUGCAAAAGGUCUGGGCUCGCAGGUGCCAUGAUGGGGACGGUAUGACAUGGGGACAGAGAAGGAAAGCAUAUGGCGUCAGGGCAAGAGCACUGGACUGGCCCCACUUUGCUGCCUCAUUCGUCCUGUAACCCAAAGUGAAGUCACAUUCCCUCCCGAGACCUCUGCACUCCCCUGUCAAGUGGAGACGGGCCCUUUCUGGCAUUGCACUCAGCAGACUGGCUCUUAGCAGCCACGUGGACCCAGGAACAGACAUAUAAAGGGACACCAGCCGUCCUUGGUGACAGGGGGUCCCAAAUUGGCAUCACUUCCCUUCCCUUCCUUUCCCUUCCCUUCCCUUCCCUUCCCUUCCCUUCGGAAGAGGAGAUGGGGGCCGGGGGCGGGGGCAGCCCUUUCACAGCACAUCAGCAAAGCCCGUGACAGUGGAAUUUUCUAACAAAAUAAACUUGCUUAUUUGGUCUGUUUUCUGUAACUUUUGCUAAAUACUUUAUACAUUUUUAAUGUUAAAAAGCUGCGUCUCCUGCCAGCAUUGCUCAUCCUGGUAUGAAUGUGUUUACCCCACAUUGUAUAUCCUUCCUUCCUCUGGCUGCCUAGAUCAGUAAAUAACAUCGAUGUACCAUAAUUUAUAAGUAACACUGUUGAAACUCUGAUCCCUAUGGAGGCUGUAACUCGCCCUUUCCUCCGGUCCCCCGGCUGCCCCCCGCCCCGUCCCCCGUAAUAGCAUUUGUGUGUAUUAAUGCUAAAGAACUAAUGUUUAAAGGGUUUAAAUUUUGAAGGCGUUUGCUAUAUAUAAUUGUUCUGCAUUAUUAUAAAGCGUUUUCAGGAAGUUAAA